AUGCGAAGCGACUUUGUUCGCCACACCCGCAGCCUCAGCCAGUCCUCGCGACGAUCGGUCAGCAGCGACGGCGUCGUCGACGAGGAAGAUGACGAGCCGUUCUCGGCCGACACAGUAGUCGCGGCGGAAACGGGCUCGAAGUCAGACAUCCGCCGUCCUCAACCAGUUCAGGAUUUGAGAACCAAGGUCCGGGUCAAGAACAGAUUUCCGCGGCCCGGCGUGCUGCCUGUGGGUGUUGGCGGUCUCGGCGACAAGAACGACUCGCGGGAGUCUCACCAGGGGUACGGAAACACUGAUCGUGCUCUCAUGGACGACGCGCCCUCGCAUGCCACGAUCGUUAGCCAACAGGCCCGCGAGGAUGGUAUCAACCCUUAUACCAACGAACCGGCCCGAGACUCGCAGAUGGUGCCCGACUAUGACAACAACCAGUACUUCAACCAGUCUCAGACGCAAAACUACAUCGUCCCCGUCGCUGGCGUUCAGCGUUCGUCGAGCCAGCGCUCCCAGCGGUCUCAGCCCUCCCAGACGCAGUCGAGCCAGACGAAUCAAAACCCCGGCGUCAUCGCACCCCUCGUCGUAGGCGGCGACGUGCAACACCACACUUCAGAAUCUCAAGAUCGCUCGCUGGAGACCCCUGGCGGCAACGGCCAGUACGGCCAGUGGAUGAACGGACACAGCGACGGCCAGCGUAUUGAUGGCGUCCAGCCUGUGCCCUCGCAGGCUGCUCACCAGCCUGCGUACCAGGCGGCCAAUGUCCAUGACGCUCGCGACGUGAGCGUCAAGCCCGUCUUUGUGGCUGCCGGCCACCGAAACGACUGGAACGGACAGUUCCAGCAGCAACCCGAGAACAAUGCCACCGACGGGUCUCUGACGAGCCCGACGCAGGCCAACGCCAACUACACCCUCGCUCAGCCCCAGCCCGUGCGACCCACGUCGACCAACAUGCGGACCGACAGCGUGCCCACCAUUUCCAACCUUCACGUCCCAGGCGAAUAUCCCAAGGCGACCCCUACCACCGAGUCGUUCGACAAGCGCCUCGCCUAG